AUGGCAAAGCUUCCUUCAUUCAACAAGUCCACCCAACGGCCGCAAGCCGGUAGGACACGGUCCAAGGUACUCUGGCAUCGCAUCAUCCGCUCGCUGUGCUACCUGAUUGCUUGGAUCUUUUUGCUUCUGGUGGUGAUUGGCAAUGUCGCCGACAAACCCGUCAUCCGCGAGACCUAUUUCCUCAAGAUCGAUCUGGCCAAUAUCAUCCCACUCUCCGUCCCAAAUGCCGUGCUGAUCAACACCAUCGCCCGGACCAUCGGGUUGCACGACUUCUAUCAAGUCGGCCUCUGGAAUUUCUGCGAAGGCUACCUCGACGAGGGGAUUACGAACUGCUCGAAGCCCAAGACUCUCUACUGGUUCAACCCCGUCGAGAUCAUCCUUAAUGAGCUUCUCUCCGGCGCAACCAUUGCCCUGCCCUCUGAUAUCACCUCGGCCCUCAAGAUCGCGCGGAUUGCCUCGCAUUGGAUGUUCGGCCUCUUCCUGACGGCGACCGUCCUCACGUUCAUCCUGAUCUUCCUCUCGCCGCUGGCCGUCUCGUCGCGGCCCCCGCAGACCAUCUCCGCCGACCCGACCAUCAACCAAACCCACCCGCAGCACCGCCGCCGCACCUUCGUCUUCCUGCGCGCCUUCCCCUUCCUCAUCCUCACCUUCGUGACGGCGCUCUUCACCAUCGUCGCCUCGGUGGUCGCGACCGUCAUGUUCAUCAUCUUCCGCAACGUCUUCACCUCGUCCGACUACGACCUCAACAUCGGCGCCUCCCUCGGUACCCGCAUGCUGGCGUUCAUGUGGAUCGCCUCCGGGUUCAAUCUCCUCGCCUUCAUCCUGCAGCUGGGGUCCUGCUGCGCCUCGUGCUGUGGCGGCCGCAAGGCGAGGAAGCAGUUGAAGCGGGCGGAUCGGGAGAAGCACCACCCGGAUGCGGCCCCGGCGUCGGCUUCUUCGUCCGAAGCGUCGAAUGUGGAGAAGCGAGAGGGGUUGGGGAUCUGA